GUGAUUUACAUACGCUCAUUAAGGAGAUAUACAUGCUUUUCCACUUUAUUGGAAGAAGAUACACAUUUUUAUCAACAGAUGCUGUUUUUUCUCCUUUAGAAUGGAUUGUAUAAUAUGCCAGGUGCAAUGAUAAAUGCAAAGUGCUUUGCUUUGCCACUGGAGUCACAACUGAAAAUCAACUUCAGUUGCUUUCUUCGAGGAUCGGUGUCUCCAAAUAAUUGCAUGUGAAAUUCAUCAGUGCAGGAACCUUGAGGAAGUGCUUACAAAAAGCGACAUUGCAUUCUAGAUAUUUUUGCUACUGGAAAAUAUAACAAUCGAUUAUACUAAGUGUUCCUGAGCAUUCUCUAAAAAUGUGGUUCCUGGUCAGUCUGCUCUCUGUUGUUUCUACUACUGCCUUCAUAGCAGAAGAUGGAGGAGGAUUUGGGGGGCCAGUCUUUGAAGAACAGCCAAUUGAUACAAUAUAUCCUGUUGAAUCUACAGAAGAAAAAGUGUCUAUGAACUGCAGAGCUAGGGGAACCCCUCCCCCAGCCUACAGGUGGACCCACAAUGAUGGAAACAUUGAUAUGACGGAUGAACGGUACAUCAUGGCAGGAGGCAAUCUAGUGAUUCACACGCCAGACAGAUGGAAGGAUUCCGGGAAGUAUAUAUGCUAUGCUACAAAUAAAUACGGGACCAUCUACAGCAAGGCAGCCACUCUUAGCUUUGGGUAUCUUGACUUUUUCUCUCCAGAGGAACGCAGAGAAGUAAAGAUUAAGGAAGGGAUUGGUGCUGUUCUUCUGUGUGAUCCCCCAGAUCAUUACCCAGAAGAUCUUACAUAUCGUUGGCUUCUUAAUGAUUUCCCUUCAGUUAUAACGCCUGACAAGCGUCGAUUUGUGUCUCAAAUCACUGGUAACCUCUACAUUGCAAAAGUCGAACCAGAAGACAAAGGCAAUUAUUCCUGUUUUGUCCAAAGUCCCUCAGUUACAAAGAGUGUGUUUAGCAAAUUCAUCCCCCUCAACCCUCAGUUAGAACGAUCGGUAAAGAAAUACCCAGCUGACAUAAAAGUGAGAUUUCAAGGUCAAUAUGCACUUACUGGGCAAAAUGUGUCGCUAGAAUGUUUUGCACUUGGGAACCCUGUGCCUAAUAUAACAUGGAUCAAAGUUGGGGAACACCUGCCCGUCAGUGCUGAAGAAACUAAAUUUGAUCCAGUACUCAAAAUUAUUAACAUUCAGCCAGAAGAUGAUGGGACUUAUGAAUGCAAGGCUCAGAAUGAUAAAGGAACCGACACACAUCAAGCAAAAAUUACUGUCAGAGCAUUUCCAGAGUGGGUUCAGCAUAUCAAUAACACUGAAAGAGACAUAGGAAGUGAACUGGUGUGGACGUGUAUAGCGAAGGGAAUUCCUGAGCCCUCUGUCACAUGGUGGAAAAAUGGAAGACAGAAAACACGUGGUACAGAAUUAAGAAUAGAUAGACUGACAGCAGAGGAUGCUGGGAUGUAUCAGUGUGUAGCCCAAAAUGCACUUGGCAUUAUCCAUGCAAAUGCUGAGUUGAAGGUUAUAACUUUAGCACCCAGUUUUGAAGUGAAUCCUGUGAAGAGAAGGAUCUUAGCAGUCAAGGGAGGUAAAGCAGUUGUUGAAUGCAAGCCUAAAGCUGCACCCAAGCCUCACUUUUCCUGGAGCAAAGGAACAGAGCUGCUUAGAAACAGCAGCAGGAUGUCCAUUUGGAGUGAUGGAAGUUUAGAAAUCUGGAAUAUCACCAGGAGGGAUGAAGGAUCUUAUACGUGCUAUGCAGAAAAUGACAGAGGGAGUGCGAACAGCACUGGAAUACUGUCUGUUCUGGAUGCCACAAAGAUCACUCUAGCUCCAUCAAAUGCCGAUAUUACUGUGGGUGAGAAUACCACCAUGCAGUGUCAUGCGUCCCACGAUCCAACACUGGACCUCACUUUCGUCUGGUCACAGAAUGGUUACCCAAUAGAUUUUGACAAAGAAAGCAACCACUAUGAGCGCAAAAUCAUGAAUGGAGCUGGAGGUGAAAUCGUUAUAAAGAAUGCACAGCUAAAACAUGCGGGCCGAUACACUUGCACUGCCCAGACGAUUGUUGAUCACGCUUCAGCAUUUGCAGAUGUAACUGUCAGAGGUCCUCCUGGCCCACCUGGGGGUGUGCGAGUAGAAGAAAUCCAAGACACGUCUGUUACAUUAACCUGGAGCCAUGGCACAGCCAAUGGUAGUCCUAUUUCUAAAUAUACAAUACAGGCUAAGAACAUGCUUUCUGAAGACUGGAAAGAUGUUAAAACCGAGCCUUCGACUAUUGAGGGGAACAUGGAAAUGGCAAAGGUGAUUGACUUAAUUCCUUGGAUGGAUUAUGAAUUCCGUAUUAUAGCAACAAAUACAUUAGGUACAGGAGAUCCAAGUCUGCCAUCACCAAAAAUAAGGACACUGGAAGCUGCUCCUACAGUGGCUCCAUCUGAUGUCAGUGGAGGUGGUGGAACUAACAGAGAACUAACAAUAACAUGGACGCCAUUAUCAAGAGAAUACCACUAUGGAAAUAAUUUUGGUUAUAUCGUAGCUUUUAAGCCUCACAGUGAAACAGAAUGGAGAAAAGCCACAAUAACCAACCCUGAACUUGGUCGAUAUGUGCAUAAGGAUGACUCAAUGGCUCCAACUACCCUAUUUGAAGUAAAAGUAAAAGCCUAUAACAACAAGGGAUCUGGGCCUUACAGCCUUACAGCAGUUAUAUAUUCUGCAGAAGAUGCUCCAACAGAAGCUCCAACUCGAGUAAAUGCAAAAGUACUGUCAUCCUCUGAAGCUAUUAUCACUUGGCAGCCUAUCUUACAACCAGCUGUAAGCGGUUAUCAUGUAAGGUACUGGAGAGUUCAAGAUAAAGAAGCUGCAGCUCACAGAGUCCAGGUCAACAGCUUCGAAAACACUACAAAACUUGAGAAUUUGUUGCCUAAUACACGAUACCAUCUAGAAGUCAUAGCUUUUAACACAGCUGGAUCUGGACCUCCAAGUUCUUUGAUUGCUUUUGUUACUAAAAAAGCACCACCAAGUCGUGCACCAAGUAAUCUCAGUGCUGAACGACAUGGCUCCCGUUAUAUCAUCAGGUGGCAACAUGUGGAUGCAAUGGCAAAUGAAUCUGUUGUAGAUGGAUAUAAGGUAUUAUACAGACCAGUUGGUCAAGCUGGUAGUCAGGUAUAUACAACAAGUGGCCAUCAAAUUGAGAUCCCUGUUCCAAAGGAUGGAGAAUAUAUUGUGGAAGUCCGGGCACAUAGUCAAGGCGGAGAUGGAGGAAUUGCUCAAAUUAAAAUAAAAGGUUCAGAAGCUGGAGGGGCAUCGUGUUGGAAGGUCUCCAUCAGUUUGGUGUGUGUUUUACUGUUUACAAGCCUGAAGAAUGUUAUCUUCCUAGAGCUGUGAACCUAGCCACAUGUAUCUUAUUUCGAAAGUGGCAAAAAGGCUGAUCAAAAACUGAGAUGUAUGUUAAGGAAUUGGCUGUAACAAGAUAUCUUUGGCAGCACCUUAUGCCUGAUAUGAAAUGAUUUUUAAAGUUUUAUCCAAAUAACUUGUCGAGGACUAUGAAAGGACAGAGGCAUCCAGGAACUCCUUAUGUAAUCAUUACCAGAUAAAGAAUUGGAGGACUUGCGUGGUGACUUUAUUCGACUUGUUCUAGUUUGCCUUACUAGUCCACCACACUGAUCUUCAGCAGUUGCAUGAUUUGGUCUUCUGGCUUGUUACCACAGAAUAAGCACAUUACUGUGCAAUAAUUUGAAGGGAAAUCACUGCACAUGCAGUAGGUCAUUUAACAGAUAGCCCAGUAUAACAGAGACUGAAUACAUUGGUUGUAUGUGGUAAGUUAUAAAGUUAACUGUGUCUGUCUUUUCUUACCAAAUCGUGCAUUGCAUAUUUUAUUUUUAAUUUUACAUCAUGUAGAAAAUGUGAGGAAAUGUGUUUAAAAGAUGCAGUCAAAACAAAACAUAUAUAGAUUAUAUAUUGUUUUUUUUUCUUGACAAAACUCACUUGUCUCCAUUCAAUAAAUGCAGGUAUACAGCAAA